AUUGGUUUGUGUAUAAAUAGUACCAAUGCAAAUCUUUAUUUCUCAUCUUUCGUUCAACACUCCAAAUAUACUUUCGAAUCCUGUAAGGCCAGCCAACAUGGGGUUUUCACCACUGUCCCUCUCUCAAUUUCUCUUUUCCAUUCUGUUUCUCUUCCAUUUUCACACAACAAUUUCUUCAUCAAAUUACUCCUCUUCAUCUCAUUUCUGUGCUCCUGACCAAAGUCUUUCUUUGCUCCAAUUCAAAGAGUCCUUUUCCAUUACUAGCUCUGCUUCAGGGCGUUGCCAGCAUCCCAAGACAGAGUCGUGGAAAGAGGGUACCGACUGCUGCUUGUGGGAUGGGGUCACUUGUGACAUGAAAACCGGGCAAGUCACUGCACUGGACCUCUCUUGCAGCAUGCUUUAUGGCACCCUCCAUCCCAAUAGCACCCUCUUCUCCCUGCAUCAUCUUCAAAAGCUCGACCUCUCUGACAAUGAUUUCCAAAGCUCCCAUAUUUCUUCUUCAUUUGGCCAGUUCUCCAAUCUGACAGAUCUUAACCUAAAUUACUCAGUCUUUGCAGGUCAAGUUCCGUCGGAAAUCUCUCAGCUCUCCAAAUUGGUUUCACUUGAUCUCUCUGGAGACUUAAACGGCUAUCUGAGUCUAGAACCAAUUUCUUUUGACAAGCUUGUUCGAAAUCUAACCCAGCUUAGAGAACUCGAUCUGAGUUCAGUAGACAUGUCAUUGGUUACACCCAAUGCCUUGAUGAAUCUGUCUUCUUCUUUGUCAUCACUCAUACUCCGUUCCUGUGGAUUGCAAGGAGAAUUCCCAUCCUCAAUGAGAAAGUUUAAGCACCUCCAGCAGUUGGAUCUUGCAGAUAACAAUCUUAAAGGUCCAAUUCCAUAUGAUUUUGAGCAACUCACUGAGUUGGUUUCACUUGCUCUCUCUGGAAAUGAAAACGACUAUCUAAGUCUAGAACCAAUUUCUUUUGACAAGCUUGUUCAAAAUCUAACCCAGCUUAGAAAACUCUAUCUGAGUUGGGUGAACAUGUCAUUGGUUGAACCCAAUUCCUUGAUGAAUAUGUCUUCUUCUUGGUCAUCACUCGUAUUCUAUUCCUGUGGAUUGCAAGGAAAAUUCCCAUCCUCAAUGAGAAAAUUUAAGCACCUCCAGCAGUUGGAUCUUAGAUACAACAAUUUUACAGGUUCAAUUCCAUAUGAUCUUGGGCAACUCACUGAGUUGGUUUCAAUUGAUCUCUCUUACAAUGACUAUUUGAGUGUAGAACCAAGUUCUUUUGGCAAGAUUAUUCAAAACCUAACCAAGCUAAGAGAACUCCAUUUGGGUUAUGUAAAUAUGCCUUUGGUCACACCUAAUUCCUUGGCGAAUCUGUCCUCAUCCUUGUCAGUUCUUGCCCUUUGGGGUUGUGGAUUGAAAGGGAAGUUCCCAGGUAACAUCUUUCUCCUACCAAACCUUCAAUCACUUGACUUGACAUACAACGACGAACUCACUGGCUCUUUUCCUUCAUCCAAUGUGAGUAAUGUCCUCCGGUUAUUGGGUCUUACUCAUACGAGAAUUUCAGUUUCUUUAGAAAAUGACUUCUUCAUAAAUCUAAAGUUGUUGGAAGUUCUGGUACUCAGAGAAUGUAAUAUCAUAAAGUCAAAUCUAACCCUGAUUGGUCAUCUCACGCAGCUCACUCGUUUAGACCUUGCAGGUAACCAUUUCAGCGGUCAGAUUCCAUCAUCACUUAGAAACCUUGUGGACCUUCAUUCCUUAUAUCUCGAUAACUGUAAUUUUUCAGGUAGGAUUCCAGAUUUUUUAGGUAACCUGACCCUCCUUGAAAAUUUAGGUUUAUCUAGCAAUCAACUUGUAGGACCUAUCCCUUCUCAAAUAAGUACUCGUUCAUUGAAAUUGUUUAAUUUGGGAAACAACCACUUGCACGGUCCAAUCCCAAGUUCAAUUUUCAAACAAGAGAACCUGGAAGCCCUUGCUCUUGCAUCCAAUAAUAAAUUAACAGGUGAAAUUUCUUCUUCUAUUUGCAAGCUUAAAUUCCUUCGACUCCUUGAUUUAUCCAACAACAAUUUGAGUGGUUUUAUACCACAAUGUUUAGGGAACUUUAGCAACUCUCUCUCAAUUUUGAAUCUUGGCAUGAAUAAUCUUCAAGGCACUAUCUUUUCACCAUUUUCAAAAGGGAAUAACUUGGGAUAUCUCAACCUAAAUGGCAAUGAAUUGGAAGGGAAAAUACCAUUGUCUAUCAUCAACUGUACAAUGCUGGAAAUUCUUGAUCUUGGCAACAAUAAGAUUGAGGAUACAUUCCCCUAUUUCCUUGAAAUGCUUCCAGAGCUGCAUGUUCUUGUCCUAAAGUCCAAUAAGCUCCAGGGUUUUGUGAAUGGUCCGAUUGCUAAUAAUUCCUUCUCCAAAUUACGGAUUUUCGAUAUCUCCAGCAAUAAUUUGAGUGGAUCAUUGCCAACAGGGUAUUUCAAUAGUCUUGAAGCAAUGAUGAUCUCUGAUCAAAAUUCAUUUUACAUGAUGGCAAGAAAUUACUCUGACUAUGCCUAUUCCAUAAAAGUGACAUGGAAAGGGUUUGAUAUUGAGUUCGCGAGAAUCCAAAGCGCUCUUAGAAUACUUGAUUUUUCAAACAACAAUUUCAUCGGAGAGAUUUCAAAGGUGAUCGGAAAGCUUAAAGCACUUCAACAACUCAACCUCUCUCAUAAUUCCCUUACAGGCCAUAUUCAAUCAUCAUUAGGAAUGUUGACCUAUCUGGAAUCAUUAGAUCUGUCUUCGAAUUUGCUUACUGGAAGGAUUCCGGUACAGUUGGCAGAUCUAACAUUUCUUGGAGUCUUAAACCUUUCACAUAACCAUCUUGAGGGGCCCAUGCCCAUUGGAAAGCAGUUCAACACGUUUAAUGCAAGCUCAUUUGAAGGAAACUUGGGUUUAUGUGGAUUUCCAAUGCCAAAAGAAUGCAAUAGUGACGAGGCACCACCAUCGCAGCCGUCAAACUUUCACGACGGAGAUGAUUCAAAAUUCUUUGGAGAAGGAUUUGGAUGGAAAGCUGUGGCAAUAGGGUAUGGAUGUGGGUUUGUGUUUGGAGUCACAAUGGGAUACGUUGUGUUUAGAACAAGAAAACCAGCAUGGUUUCUGAAAGUGGUUGAAGAUCAAUGGAAUCUGAAGGCAAGAAGAACGAAGAAGAAUGCUCGUAGAAAUGGUGCAAGAAGAAACUAAACAACGCAGCUAGUAACAUGAAUGAAGUUUCGAAUAAACAUCCUCGCUACCUUAUGAGAUACCAAGCAGAGUUGACAUGAGAAGAACGCUAGAGUGGCAGAUUCAGAGAACUGGAUUCUUCUUUCGUACUUCUUCUGUUUUCCUUCAUGGUUGUGUUUUACUUUAUUUUAUUUUCAUUAGUUUUAUUCGAUACAUGGAAUAUUUUCGAGUCACUUAAUAUGCGUGUUUUUAUUUAUUUAUUUUUAUGGUUAGUUUUGAUGCAAGGUUUGGGUGUUACAUCUAUAAAAAAAGAACCAAUGCAUGCAGCAGUUAAUGUCGAAUAGAAAAUCCAGCUUGAUUUUAA